AAGUCUCGCGCGAACUCCGCCCCUUUCUUUUCCAGCUCCGCGAGCAACAUGGCAGUCGGCAAAAACAAGAGGCUGACCAAGGGAGGCAAAAAGGGCGCCAAGAAGAAGAUCGUGGACCCCUUUUCCAAGAAGGAUUGGUACGAUGUUAAGGCUCCAGCAAUGUUUAACAUUAGAAAUCUGGGCAAGACCUUGGUUACAAGAACUCAGGGAACUAAAAUUGCCUCAGAAGGCUUAAAAGGCCGUGUGUUUGAAGUGAGUCUAGCUGAUUUGCAGAAUGAUGAAGUGGCCUUCCGCAAAUUUAAGUUGAUUGUGGAGGACGUUCAGGGCAAAAACUGUCUGACCAACUUCCAUGGCAUGGACUUAACACGUGAUAAGAUGUGCUCUAUGGUUAAAAAAUGGCAGACCAUGAUUGAAGCCCACAUUGAUGUCAAAACCACAGAUGGAUACUUGCUUCGCCUGUUUUGUGUUGGGUUCACUAAGAAGCGCAGCAACCAGAUUCGUAAAACCUCCUAUGCUCAACACCAGCAAGUUCGUACAAUCCGUAAAAAGAUGGUGGAGAUCAUGACUCGUGAAGUGCAAACCAAUGACCUUAAAGAGAUUGUCAACAAGCUGAUCCCAGACAGCAUUGGUAAGGACAUUGAAAAAGCUUGUCAGUCCAUUUACCCUCUUCACGACGUUUAUGUGCGAAAAGUCAAAAUGUUAAAGAAGCCCAAGUUUGAAUUGGGCAAACUGAUGGAACUGCAUGGUGAAGGAGGAAGUGGCUCAGGCAAACCAUCAGGUGAAGAAACUGGUGCUAAAGUGGAUCGAGCUGAUGGAUAUGAACCCCCGGUUCAAGAAACUGUCUAAAUAUGUAUAAUAAAACAUUUCUUUGACCAUA